CAGUCCCAUCUGGUUCUAUACAAUUAGACCUGCUUACGUGGUCAAACAGGGGCCAAUGAAGUUUUUGUUACAGGUCGCUAGCUCUGUGUCUGAAGCUUUCAACGAGCUACUGGAUACUUAUAAAGUCAUUGGAGAAAGCAUAGAGCUUCUAGAAAAUUGCAAUGAACUUAUCGAUGGUAACCAUCUUGUUCAACAAGCUUUGGUGUCUAUGUUUCAGGAUAUUUUCGAGUUUCAUCAAACCGCGCUAGCGUAUUUCAGGAAGCCCAUGUGGAAGCAGGUUUUUCAGGCUACUUGGUCUACCUAUAAAGCGAAGUUCGGACCCGUUGUCGACAGUUUGAAACGCCAUAAACAGGUGUUUGGUGACAGGCUAACCUUCGCACAACUUGAGAAUAUCCGCUCAGAAGGGAUCAGAUCGUCGGAAGCACUGAAAAAGUUGCAAAAGAACGAGGAAAUAGGUCGGCUGAGAGAUAUUCAAUAUUGGCUGAAUAGUGCAGACAUAGCAAGUGAUCAGGAUACUUUCACGAGCGUGCGAAGUCGCAAUACACAAGCUGGAAUUUGGAUUUUGCGUCACCAACUUUACUGCUCUUGGAAGGAAAGAAAGGCGCAGCCGAUGCUCUGGGUCAAUGGAAUUCCAGGAGCUGGGAAGACUAUCCUAGCUUCGAUAAUGGUUGAAGACUGCCUCAAGAGCUAUGAAUAUACGGCUUGGUUCUACUUUAGGAAUGGUGAUGCGCAAAGAAGCUCCUUCCUCAAUCUUGCGUCCAGUCUUAUCUCGCAGCUGCUCGAACAUAAUAGCGAUCUGCUACCUUAUGUCUUCGAAGAGAUGUGCCGCAAAGGUAAGCGAUCAUUCUCAUCAGAGAUAUUAGCCAAAGAGCUACUUGAGGUAAUACUAAGGAAUUCCGGACAUGUUUGCAUCAUCCUCGAUGGGCUAGAUGAGUGCAGCAGAAUGGAAAGGAAGAAGAUCCUUGAAUGGAUCUGUCUGAUAAGCGAACAUCCACAGAAUCGUGAUAAUUCAUAUUCCACAAUCUGUCUUCUUGUGUCACAAAGGGACGGGAUCACCUCCAAGGCUUUACGUGAUAUUCCAAGCUUGGAAAUUACCCCCAAGCAUACACGAGAUGAUAUUCUUGCAUUCCUAUGGUCGCGAGGUUCAGAGAUUCAAACCAAGUUCCAGAUUAGUGAUGAAAGCACCAAAACGAUGGUUGAGCUUGUCAUGGGAAAGGCGGGCGGAAUGUUCCUUCUCGCAAAGCUUGUUAUGAACAAUCUUUAUUGUCAAGUCUCACCAGGCAAUUUCUACAAGGAGUUGAACAUGAAGGAAAUACCUACACAACUUGAUCAGGCAUACCACAGGAUCUUGAGCAAUGUUCUUGAAGACCAGUCUUCCCGACCUCAUUCGCUUCAGCUGCUCGGCUGGCUUGUAUGCGCAAAACGUCGACUUAAAUGGCGGGAGAUCCAGGGCGCGGUAUCCAUUGACCUUGAAGGCGAAGAUGUCGAUUUCGAAAGUCGUCAUUGGAUUCUUGACUCCAGAGAUCUAUGUGAUUCUCUAGUUGAAGUAAAGACCGAUGGUACUCUUGAGCUUGUUCAUGCAACUGCCAAGCAGUACCUCAUCCGGGCAAAUUUCGUUGACGUCGGACAAGUGGAGUUGAAUAUGGCUUCUCUUUGUGUGGGCUACCUGGCCCUACCAGGAUUUGAGAUAAUCCUGCCGGAUGAGUCCGUUUCAGACCUCCUAAGCACUGGAUAUUAUGCAUUUCUAGACUAUGCAGUCUGCUUCUGGUCUUUCCAUCUUCAGGAGGGUCUCAAGGGCACCAAGGAUCGGGAGGAUGCUUUGACAUUAAUCGGAGUUCUGUCGAAAUUCUUAGAGUCGCACUACCGGCGCCCUACGAAGGAUCUCAACAUCCCCCCUUCUGCACACGAAUUAAGGAGGCGAAUUGAAGAGCAUGGCCCUUGGUCUGCUGCAGAGAAAUUCCUCCAUGCUUUUAUCUCUGCGCAGAGUCAGAUCAACUGUUACACUCAGGACGCCGCCUCUAAUGCGUGUCUCAAUAUACCCGACGUCAUUUCCCGCAUCAGAGACAAUAUAGAGAGAGCUGUCUCAGAGAACUUGGGCAGUGGGAGGAUUGACUCGAGAGUACUGUACUCUUUCUACGGCCGGAAUCUCUAUAAAUGCCCUAGGAUGAGUUGUGAUUUCUUCCAUCAAGGGUUUGAAACUCCUCAGCAAAGAGAAUCUCAUCUGAGCAAGCACGACAGGCCUUUUGGAUGCUCUUUUCCGCAAUGUUACAGAGCGACUAUUAGGUUCGGUUUAAAGAGGCAACUCGAAAAGCACAUCGCAGAUACCCAUGAAAAACAUGCAAGGGAAAUGCACGCUUUUCCUUCCAAGCGCAGGAAGAUAGCUUUAUUGUGCAGAUUCUGCAAAGAAGAGUUUCAGGACGCGAGAACAUACCGCAUGCAUGAUUGCACUCAUCCAGCUGCAGAGAGGUCAGGAACCCAAAAUACGGCUGGCAUGUCUUCGAUCCUUAAGGACAAACCCCCCACGAGCGACGAGUUCUUAUUAACGGAGGAAAAUGCAACGGGCCUACCCAAUCGGCCCUCUGCUUUCCUUAUGCCUAGGUAGAAAGCAUCCUUAGUAGUCACAAAUAAUUGAAUAAUUAUUUGCCUUGCCUUUGUCUUCUUCUACUUUAGUUAUUUAGAAUUAGAUC